AUGCACCCCACAGCUCGAGACCCUACCAGGACUCCCCAUGAGCUGUGGUUCAAGGCAAAGCCUGAUGUGUCUCAUCUGCGUGUUUGGGGAUGCCUUGCCUAUGUGCAUGUGCAAAGAGACAAGAGAGGUCCUUCUGGGCAUCAUGUCCAGAAGUGUAUCUUUGUAGGCUACCCUGCAGGGUACAAGGGAUGGUUGUUCUUCAACCCAGAGACCCGGAAACUCGUUAUCGCUGAGAGAGCAGUGUUUGAUGAGCGCUACUUCCCAGGCAGCACCCCUCAAGCUAUGAGGAGCUGUCCUGCGGCACCCCCCUCCUCCAUGCUGGUGGAUCCCCCUCGUGCUCCGGCACCGGUGUAUGUCCCUGAUGACGAUGGUGAUGAUGAGCAGCAACAGCCGCCUGCUCAUCCUCUCUCUGCACCACAAGUCCCAUCUCCUGCAGCCAGCACUCCACCACCUCUAUCUCCACCACCGGCUGGGGAUGCCUCGCUUCACCCUCCACCCUCGCCUCCUCCUCCCCAAUCUCCUAUUGGGGUGGCAGCUCGUCGUGCUGCUGCCGGCAUCCAUCGUGUCCCUGCACCACCCAGGAGGGCUCCAGCUCCGGCUGCUGCUCCUCCCAGGCGCACCAUAGCAGAGAUCUUUGAAGAGAUCCCUGAAGACCUCAGCGAUGAUGAGCUGCUUCUGAAGUCAUCCUCCGCCCUCAUUGUGGCUCGUGAGGGUGACCCCUCAGAUCCCAAGCUGGCAGCAGCUCACGCUACUGCAGUGCAGUCCGUGUUGUCUGCUGUAGCCUCUGGGAACCCCAGGUCGCUCUUUGAAGCGUCCAAGCGGGAGGAUGGUCCACUAUGGCGCGCUGCAGCUGCAUCUGAGAUUGACUCUCUGCUCAGCAACUGCACAUGGGAUGUGGUCGACUUGCCACAAGGGGUCAAGCCAAUUCGCUCUCAAUGGGUGUUUGUGAUCAAACACAAGUCUGAUGGCACUGUGGAACGCUACAAAGCCAGACUCGUGGCAGAUGGUCGUGGCCAGCGCUAUGGCAUUGACUACCACGAGGUGUUUGCACCCACGUUCCGACCUGCUACUCUGCGCGUCAUACUUGCCCUCGCUGCCCAGAACAACCUCAAACUGCGCUCCAUCGACUUCUCUUCUGCCUACCUCAAUGGGGACCUGGAUGAGGAUGUCUACAUGACUCAGCCAGAAGGGUUUCCCCAGGGAGAGAAGGGCCAGGUCCUGAAGCUGAACCGGUCCAUCUAUGGGCUGAAGCAGGCCGGCCGCCAGUGGCGUAUCAAGUUGGUUGCCAAGCUGACUGCCAUGGGGUUCAAGUGCAUCAAGUCAGACAGCUCCUGCCACAUCUACUCUGAUGGUGUGGUGCGCGUGAUCCUGCCCAUCUAUGUUGAUGAUGGCACCAUUGCUGCAAAGCAUGAUGCUGACAUUGACAAGGUCAUUGCCCAGCUUGGCACGGCCUUCAAGGUGCGGGAUCUGGGUCCCACAGAGUGGCUUCUGGGGAUCAAGAUAGAGCGUGAUGAGCACACUGGGGACAUCAGCAUCUCCCAGCGCCAGUAUGCUGUGAAUCUCCUGGAGCAGUAUGUGUUGGAGUUGGGAAUCCCAGCACCAAGGCAGAAUAGCUCAGUGGUUAGAGCACUGGACGAUCCAAGUCAGAGGUCCCAGGUUCAAUUCCUGGUUCAGCCAUUUUAUCAACAGUAUGGCAUGGCUGACUGCAAGCCUGUGGACACCCCCAUGCUGCCUGGCCUGUCUUUGACCAAGGAGAUGGGCGCCAAGACUGAGGAGGAGUCCAAGCAGUUCAAGGGCAACUAUCUGUCUGCUGUUGGCUCUCUGAUGUAUCUGGCCUGUCAGACUCGUCCUGACAUCUCCUAUGCUGUGGGGGUGCUAGCGCGCUUCAAUAGCAAUCCUGGUGAAGAGCACUGGAAGGCUGUCAAACACCUGCUUCGAUACAUCCAGGGCACCCUUGACUUCCGCAUCACCUACUCCAAAUCUUCCCCCACCCUCUAUGACCCAGCCACCCAUAUCCAUCCUGACGACCUCUUCACCACCUUCACUGAUGCUGAUCAUGCUGGAGACAAGGACUCCAUGAAAAGCACUGGGGGGUAUGUCAUUAUGAUGGCUGGUGGACCAGUGAGCUGGAGGAGCAAGCUGCAGUCCACCAUCUCUCUGUCCACUACUGAGGCAGAGUAUGUGGCUGGUGUGGAUGCUGGGAAGGAGAUCAAGUGGAUGCGGAAUCUGCUGCACGAGCUGGAGCAUGGUGUGUCUGGGGCAUCUCCCUUGAUGAUGGACAACCAGUCUGCCAUAUCUGUGUCCAAGAAUCCUGAACACCAUGGGCGUAUGAAGCAUCUGGACCUUGCGCACUACUGGCUUAGGGAUGAAGUGGCCAGAGGGUUCAUUGAUGUGAAGUAUGUGCCAACGCAGGACCAGCUGGCUGACAUCCUGACCAAGGCGCUGCCUCGGCCUCAGGUGGCAAGGUUGCGCACACUGAUGAGAUUGCGGGGGAGAGGCUGA